AAGUCCCCGUGUAGUACAGAAGGAGUAUCGAUAUAUUUCAUCCAUAAAUCGAUAAAAACCCGCCUGAUUACUGUUGUUUGCCAAGUCUCCACUCUCGGGGACUUGACUCAGCAGCUCACGAUGCCUCUGAAUGAUGAGCGUCCCACCUCCACCUCAUCUACGGUGGCUAGCGAGGACCAGAGCAGCGACACGGAGUCAUCUGAACGCUGCGACAGUUUGACCUCUUCCAGUGAUGUCGACUGCUCUCGGCAGAGCUUUACCAGCGAUUCCUCCAGCAAACACAACUCUCCGUCUUGCAGCCCACCAAAAAUCCUAACACUUGAUGAGGUUAUGGCCUCGGCCCGGGACCUUUCUAAUUUGAGUCUGGCUCAUGAGAUCGUAGUCAACCGAAACUUCCACCUGGAGCCUCCAGAUCUACCUCAAAACAGCCUGGAGAAGCGAGUCAAAGAUAUGGUGCACAAGGCCUUCUGGGAUUGUCUUGAAUCGGAGCUGAACGAUGACCCUCCUGAGUAUGACUAUGCCAUUAAGCUUCUGGAAGAGAUCAGAGAUACUCUGCUGUCUUUCCUGAAUCCCGGGGCAAAUCGUCUACGCACUCAGAUCAUGGAGGUUCUGGACAUGGAUCUGAUCCGCCAACAGGCCGACAACAAUGCGGUUGAUAUCCAGGGCCUUGUUUCUUACAUCAUCAACACCAUGGGCAAGUUCUGCGCGCCGGUCCGAGACGAUGAAAUCAAGAAGCUGAAAGAAAACUCAGGCGACUGCGUGACACUGUUCAAGGAGAUCUUCCGAGUGCUGGACCUGAUGAAAAUGGAUAUGGUGAAUUUUACCAUCCAGAGCUUCAGGCCGGAGCUUCAGAGACAGUCGGUGGAAUACGAGAGAGCCAAAUUCCAGAGCAUUCUGGAAAGAACUCCGAAUGCUUUGGAGCACACAACAGAGUGGAUCAAAUCUUCAAUAGAGGAGGCCACCCAAAUCAUGCCACCUGCAGAGAAGAGCAGUGACUCUGGGCAGAGUGGCAGACCCUUACCAGGGCCCUCACUGGUGCUAAACACUGCCUACAUCAAACUGCUGACCUGGGACGACAGCAAAGGCCCAUUGCCUGAGACAGUGAUGACGGACGAAGCUCGGCUGCAGGUAAUGCAGAGAUCUCUCCAGCUCUAUCAGACUGUGGCGUCUGUUCUGCUGAUCGUCUACAGCUCGAUCGGAGGAGCCGUGUCUGGCCUGCCCGCUCUAGCUGAGAGACUGAAAAAGAUGACAGUAGUGCUGCUGGAGGGAAUGCACAACACAGAGUUCAAGCUGAAUGAAGCUCUGGGAAACGUCAGUGUUCAGAUCUGCUGUGAGGUCAACAAGUCUCUGGCUGAAAGAAACUUCCCUGCUCUGCCCGAUGAACUGCAGGCCACACUUAAAGGGCAGAUCUGUGACGUCACUCAGGAAAACAACCCAGUGCGCACUCUUGUUGAGGGCAGGGUCCAGCAGUACCUGUGGGUUGUCCUCUCAUCUUCCAGCUCUCACAGGACGCCUCCUCCCGUCCCUCCAGGCCUGACCCUGAUUCAGCAGGAGCUCAUGCCCUUGAGCCUCAGCUUCGCCAACCUCGUCAACUUCAACAAGAAGGUGUACGGCCCUUUCUACUUCAGCAUCCUAAAAAGCCUGCUCUUCAGCGACACCCAAAACCACAUCCCCCCAGGACCUCCCAGCAGCCCCCUGAAAUCCAAAUAGACAAGCAUCAACAUAUCAUCACGCAGACACUAUUAAUUGAUCCGUUCAAGGGAAUCACUGCAGUACCAAAACGACUGAACAGCAAUGCGGUACGAUGCCUAAAUUUAGGGGGGAAUGAUUGAUUUUGUUGUUGUUUAUUAAUAUGUUACAUAGAGAUGAUCAAUGCCAAGUCAUGUUUAACUGGAGUGUUCACUUGACAGUGUUACUGCAAUAAAACGGCAGUCAUUACUUACAGUAUAUUGAUCGUGUUUAGGUGCAGAACUUUUCUAUAUUUACAGAUGUUGCUGAAUAAUGCUGAUAUAUUUACGCAGAUCAUUUACAGAUGUUUAUAUAUAUAUGUGUGUGUGUGUGUGUGUAUUCAUUUAGAGAGAUCUGUGUUGCUUCUUUUUAUUUUGAUGAAGAUUUAAAAGGUUUGUUGGAUCAAAUCCAUUCGGAGAGGAAUUGAAAUGAUGCUUUGUGUUUGUCUACAUAUUAUUUCAAAGUAUCGUAUUGUUCAUUGUAUUCAUACUUGAAAAGCAUUGUUUGAGUUUCUUAUACUUAUAUCAUGGAAGAAACUUGAUUACACGAGGGAGAAUACAAGAUUUUGGGAAGGUGGAAUAUUGAUACCAUCUUGAUCAACUGAGUCGAUUGUAUUGUUUUGUCCUGCUUGUGACGUUUGAUUCAUUUAUGACUGCAUGCAUGAAUAUAUGUUUCUCAUUUUUAAUCCGUUUAGACAUCGACAUUUGUGUUUGUUUUGUAUGUGGUUGUGCUUUAGUUGCAGACAUGUUUGGUUUAUGAACAGUGGGGGAUUGUCUUAUAUGAUGUUUGUUCUUAUUAUGUUGAUAGUUCUACUGCUUUGAUCAUAUUUUUUGUCGUUGUGAAUGAAUGAUGUUAGGCUUUUAUGUGGAAAGUCUUCUUUUCGUCUACAGGACAGACCUUCAGUUUAAUAUUAUUGCAAUAUAUAUGUACCGUUUCAGAUGUAAGUAAAAAUCCUUACAAUAAAAUAUAUGUAGUGUUACAAGCACUAAAAAAAACAAUAAAAAUUGUGUGAAAACUAA